AUGACAGUCUCCUACACUUUGAAAGUGGCCAAUGCUCGCUUUGGGGGCUUCUCCAAGCUACUUUUUCGUUGGAAAGGGAGCAUCUACAAGCUGCUCUACAAGGAGUUCAUUGUCUUCGUCUUGCUUUACGGAACACUAAGUGUCAUCUACCGGUAAGUUGGCAAUAUCCUGUUUAAUGGAAUGAAACCUCUCCAGGGGGACAUAGUUAAAGACGUCUGAAAUGGUUGAAGAAUGUAAAAUUGCUGUUCUUUUUUUAGGAGCGUUCAAUGUUGUGGUACUUUUGCUCUCAACUUUCAGAGCUUCCUUACCAAUCUGCUUGCCCCACUUUAAACCAACCUCAGAAUUACACUGUUUAGUGGGAAGGAAGGCUUCCAGGGGUGACUUUCUUGCUGGGCCUUUCUCUCCGUUACAAUUGCAUUCCACGCAGCCCACCAGGUCAUUUACAUGGGGAUGGCUCUCCAGGCUUUCUUCCCAUCACAAUCAUGCUCUUUCCAGACCACCAAAUGGGCUGCAAGGAGACCAAAUACAUGGUGCUCCCCACCCCCCUGCCACCCCUGAAGCAAAAUUUGGCAGUGCUCAAGGGGCAAAUUUGGCUAUGGGAGGCAGACCGAAUACCUGCAGUGGGCUGCACAGAUGGCCUGCAAAGGGCUAUGGGUUGUCCUCAUAUGUUUUAAAUAUUGUGUUUUUAAUAUUUUGUUGGGAGCCACCCAGACUGGGCCAGCCCAGUCAUAUGGGAGACAUAUAAAUAAAAUAAUAGUAAUAGUAAUCAUUCUAGUAAAUAAAUCAAAUUGUUCUAACAUUCAGGAGAAUCUGUUUCCCCUGAACAUUAUUAGUAGGCCAGGAUGGGUGAGUGGGGUAUUGUUGGAUUCUGCUGAGAAGGGUAGAGCUUAGACUACAGAGACUGCCGCAUUUAUGCCUAGAGGCUCAUGCCCUGCAACCCAUAAAUGACUUAAGCCCCAAAUAUCUGAAAGACCACCAAUGUCAGAAUUGAUGGAGUGUUUAAAUCAGCAGAGUCCUCUUGGUAGGGCUUUGAGGGUUUGAAGGGUACCACCUUCCCAAGAAGGCAUUAUCUGUAGCAGCCCCUAAGUUGUGGAGGUCCCACCCCACAGGGGUGUGUCUGGCACGUUCUUUAUAUAGCUCUUAGCAAAUGCUGAAGAUACAUCUCUGUACCCUGGCCUUUGAUAUCAGUGCUGUGUAUUUUUGAGACUAUUCCUGUGACUGCAAUUUGUUUUAGCUGUUUUUAAUACAGAAUUUUAAAUAGUUGUAACCAGCCCUGGGACCUGCUAGUGAAAUCUGUUGGAGGUGGUAUUAGUGUUGUGUUGUUGUUGUUGUUGUUGUUGUUGUUUUAAUAUUCCUUGUAUCCUUGAAAGAAUCCUAUUGUUUGCCAUAGUGACAUUUAUUUUGGUACUUAACCAAGCAGAGGGAUUGCUUUGGCAGGGACAGAGAAGAGCCCUGGCUCCUGUUUAAUUGAAGAAGAAUGUUUAUAUCAUGAGAGAGUUCAAGCCUGUUAUUCUUCCCCAUCUCCUGUAGGCACCUUCUGAAUGUGGAUCAGAAACGUCUCUUUGCAAAGGUGGCUGAAUACUGCAACCGCUCAACUGACCUCAUCCCUCUGUCCUUCGUCCUAGGUAUGAUUAUGUACCUGCUCUUGAUAGGAGGCCUUGUUGCUAUGGUUUCUUGAUUGCUUGCUUUAAUUAAGGCCAGAUGCAUACAUUUGGCAAAAGCCCCUUUAAUCUUUCGAUUGCACAGAAUCCCAAAUUAUUUCCCAUUGGGAGGUACCACAAAUCAGUGGCAGAGCUCAUGGUAUGCAUCCAGGAGUGAAUGAGGAGUCAGAUGAUCUGAAGGGCUCUUGCCAUAGACCACUCUAAAAGUCUUGCCGUGAAUUACCGCGGAGGCUGACCCUGAUUUUUGUGUGUGUGCGUGUGUGAAAGUGAGAUUGAUGCAGCAAACACCAUAUCACGAAAAAAGAAAUGUGAGUGGUGUCACAAAACGAAAAAAGGGAAGUUAAAAAGUAGGAGGUGGAUAAUUAAAAUGGAAAAGGAAGUGACAGCUUGACAGGUGAGAGAGUUUAUGUCUAAAUGAUGUACAGCUAGGGCUGCAAAAAUGCACAAUGAACAUGCCUGACUCUCCUGAGUAAACAGACCUAGUUUUUGCAUUAGAAGUGUCUAUAUCAGAAAUGCAAGCCUAAAUUGAUCUGCUUAAAAAUGAUUCCGUUAUGAAUUUUCAUUGCCUUUGCAAAACUUUCCUGUAAAAAGGUCAACUAAAGUAAAACUGCAGUUCUCCCUAGCCUGUUGACUCGCUAUUUCUAGAAGGAAGGCAUUGGAAGGAGUAAACAAUGACUGUCCACGUGGGCCAGGUGUUCUUUCGAGCUUCCAAGAAGCCUAUAUCAUGCCAUAGCAAGCAUUGGAAGGGAAGGGUAAGAUGGGACAACCCUUCUAUCAGGCAGAUGGGGCAGCUGCCUCAGGCAGAAGAUACUGAUGACUAAGGACCACAGGUGAAGUGUUGGAAGGCAGAGAUCUGUGUACCAUGGGGCCUGCCCUGCACUUCCUAAGCUAGCCUUCAGGCAUGGUUGAGGUUGCUGGCACAUCAGUACUGUUGUUGACUCUGUUUCCGUACAUGCAAUAUGCAGGUGAGGUGGGAAGAGGAACCCUCUUGUUCUUUGUCUGGAUGGGAAACAUACCAUUUUUUCCCCUCAUAGGAAAGCUUCAAAAAGGGAAAAUGGGAGGGCAGGGGGGAACCCAGUGGUUUUGAAUGUGUUGAUCUUUUGUUAAUAUGUGCAAAUAUAGAUAAGAGCAAGGGUUGGUUUUGCUUCCAUGUCUGCCAGAAUCUCUGAAUAUUGAUAAAUAUGACUCUUUGCACUUCCCUGUUUUGUAUGUCUGCUGUUUAGUUUUUGACUCAGCCACAGCCUGAAAAAUGCUCUUAUUUCUUUCCAAGAGUGUUAACUCUUUUAAAAAGCGUGAAAUUUCAGCAGAUCAGAUCAGUACUCAAUUGAAGAUUAUGACAAAUCCUAAGCACCCUGGCAAUUUCCUAGAGAAAUGGUUCCCACCAUUAACAUGUGUGGACUCUUUGAAAGAUUUUUGUAAACAAACUGCCUCUAAAUUGUGAUUGCAGACUUCUGCAUUAAGUAUUAAAGAAUUUUAUUUGCCUAACAAGAAAUAGCAAGCUAUGAGGUACACAGUAUACUGAAACUUUUCAUUACCAAAUUCUAAAUGUAAAAAAUAAUUUGACAACUUCAUAAAUCUUUAGUUUUGUAGCUUUCAUAAAUGUUUUUGCUUCUUUUGUAAAGAUGACCAACCAACAAAAAGGGGAGUGAAAUUUUGUCUUGUGUCAUACAGAUAACUUCUUUAACAAUUCCUUAACAAAAUUCUUUGACAAGUUAACCAACUCCUAGAGCUCAAAUGGGUAGAAUGUUUCUGCUCUCAGUGCCAACAUGCUAAAAUGGCAGCAGUUCAUUAUGCCUGAUGACCUUGCCUCAUGCUCUCUCACUGUUUCCAAGUCCUCAUCCCUCAUCCAUCAUCCCUGCUAAUGCCUCUUCCACCUCUCUUUCCUGGCAGGUUUCUAUGUCACACUGAUUGUGAACCGCUGGUGGGCGCAGUAUACCAGCAUCCCUCUGCCAGACCAGCUCAUGUGCGUCAUUUCCAGCAAUGUGCAUGGGAAGGAUGACAAGGGCCGCAUCUUGCGCCGCACUCUCAUCCGUUACGCCAACCUCUCCUCUGUGCUCAUCCUGCGCUCGGUCAGUGCUAGAGUCCUUAAAAGAUUCCCCACUAUGGACCACUUAGUUGAAGCUGGUGAGUUUAACUUGGGGAAAUGAACAGGAUGGUCUGGGAGUCUACUUUUAUUAGUCUUUCUAAGGUGCCACAGGGAUCAAGAGAUUAUUCCACCAGAACGUAUUAGGACCCAGUGUCACUGACUGGUGGCCCCUGAAGCUCUUCCCAGUAUCAAGGAGCAGAUGGAGAGGCAGUGCUCCAACUUCCCAUUUCUCUCUUGCAGGUUUCAUGACACAAGAUGAGCGCAAGAAGUUUGAGAGUCACCACUCAGACUUCAACAAGUACUGGAUCCCUUGUGUGUGGUUCACUAAUCUAGCAGCCCAAGCCAGGCGGGAAGGAAGGAUCCGGGAUGACGUGGCGCUCAGAUUGCUCAUAGAUGUAAGUAUUGCAGUGGAAUUGCUUUACCAGCUAUGCAAACAUGAAAUAACCACCUGUCUUUCUCUCUCCAGGAACUGAACCUCUACCGCUCCAAAUGCAGCAUGCUUUUCCACUAUGACUGGAUAAGCAUCCCUUUGGUGUACACACAGGUGAGCAAGGAGCACUCCACAUCUUCUGGAUACUCUUGCACGUCUCAAUGCUCAUCUCUCAGUAGCAGUUUUGUUCCUACGAGUAGACUAAAGGUUACUUUUCCCAUACACUUUCUAAAUCUGUCUCUCUUGGUGCAUCUCCACAGCACAAUUCUACUUAGUUUUACUUAACGUCUCAUUUUUUUAUUGCAGAGGAAAGGAACAAGUUUCCAGCUCCAAAAUAGUCAGCUGUUUCCCAACGAACAUCAAAUAACAAGCUAGGAAAUAGAUCAGUUUGUGAAAGUGCCAGUUUAAUUGUUUUUGAAUUGGUAGGAUGCGCAGGACAUGCUAGGGCAUAAUGUGCAGACCUCCUGUACUGCAGGAGAAUGUUUUGGUUUCUGCAAUGAAAAGCAUAGUUCCAUGAUGCUCUCUUGAAACCCUGGCAAAUGUUUAACAGCCGCUUCUCCACAGGUGGUCACCAUUGCUGUCUAUUCCUUCUUUGCUUUGUGUGUGAUUGGGCGUCAGUUCCUACAACCUGUGGACCCAAGUCAAAACAAAACAAUGACAAAAAAAGAUGAGGACCUAGAUCUGUAUGUUCCCUUACCCACUCUUCUACAGUUCUUCUUCUAUGCUGGUUGGCUGAAGGUGAGGAUGUUGGCUCCCAUUUUCCAUGAAGAUGGCUUCAUUUGACUUGAUCUUCAGUCUUCAAAUUACAGUGGUACCUCGGGUUAAGAACAUAAUUCGUUCCGGAGGUCCAUUCUUAACCUGAAACUGUUCUUAACCUGAAGCACCACUUUAGCUAAUGGGGCCUCCUGCUGCCGCUGCACUGCCUGAGCACGAUUUCUGUUCUCAUCCUGAAGCAAAGUUCUUAACCCGAGGUAAUAUUUCUGGGUUAGCGAAAUCUGUAACCUGAAGCGUAUGUAACCUGAAGCAUAUGUAACCCGAGGUACCACUGUAUAAGAUAUGGGGUGCUGAGACAGAGUUGGUGUGAGCAUCAAUGAGUCCCAUGCAUUGUUUGAACCAGAUGAGAAGAUUCAGGGGCGCAAGAGGCUGUCCCCAUCUGCAGAUUCUGUCCCUUCUGGAUUUUACAGUACUGAAAAGAGAAGUGGGUUGGGGGUGUUCUUCCAUUCCAGCCUCAAUUCCACUCUCCCUGCCAUUGAGUCAGCAUCCUGACUGAGCAUGUGCAAUCCUCGCUGGACUGGUUUAUUGUGGUUCCUCCCCUUAUGGUCCCUUAUCCUGAAGGUCUUUUAAACCUUUGCACACUGUAAGGUUCCCCCAGCCUGCUGUUACCUCUCCAUGUAGCAGGGUGGUGAUGAUUUGCCUACACAAACAACACUCACAGCCUAAAUGCUGGAAAUAAAGGGAGCAAAGACUUGCAACAGAAGGUGCAAGUCAGAUGCUCACCUGAAGAAGUAAACUGUUCUGAUUGCGGCUGCUCAGUCCCCAGCCUUUCUGAUGAGUGGGUAAGGUCUGCAGAGGACUUCUUGUGCCCACUGGACUAGAAUCCUCCGUAAGAUCAAGGACCCCAGUAAAUCUCAAUGAGGGAGGUUUCAUGCACAUGGGGAUGCUAAAGGGUUGCAUGUGCAACAUGCCACCCACCCCAUUCGCAGUUUGAACAUUUGUGUGUUCAGGCAUGAACAUGGCUAAAAUACAGCAGCUUCACUGUUCUGGAUUGCAAGCACUGUUUUGUGUGUGUGUGCACACUGUCAUUUUGGAUAGGAACCAGCACCCAAAGAACUAGCAAGCGUAUUAGUAUAUGCAACAUAGCAGCUCAGCUACCUCUUUAAUACUUUUUAAUCACAUCAAAGCAGAAUGCUUUGCAAUGUUUGUCUCUGUUUUCCAGAGAAUGCCAUUGGCAGUGAAGACAAGCUAGAUGAGACUGUGCUUAGAAGGGCUGCCUGCUAAAAUUUACAAAAAAGGAUAGCCCUAAUGCCACUCAGUUCCCUCCCACAUUCAAAUAUGGAAUAUUCAUAUGCUACACCUUUCUUUUCCUAUAGGUGGCAGAGCAGAUAAUUAAUCCCUUCGGAGAGGAUGACGAUGACUUUGAAACUAACAAAUUGAUAGACAGGAACCUUCAAGUGAGUCUUAAAACAAAGGCCUAGUCACACUUCACACAGGUAUAUCCAGCAUACAACUUGGCGUCCUGGGUGUUUGAGUAUUUUUUCAUAUAAUGCUUAAUGACUGCCAGGCUGGCCUGAAAAAUCUGGUAAACUAUUUGUCAUCUAUACUGUUCUACCUCUGUGUAUACCUUCUUUCCCAUUUCUGCUCUCCACAGUCUGAACCUUUAACUUUCUCUAAACUUUUUAUGCAAAGCAAUGGAUGCAGAAUAGACCAUAUAUCAAAGAAUCAAUUGUCUUUACCCACAUGCUGAAUAUAGCGCCCUGAAUAUUCAGUUUGUCUAUUAAUGCUCCCCUUCCCACACUUUUGACAGGAUACUUUCUUUGAUAGUACACACAAUCCCCUUGUAGGCUUGGACAUAACCCAAUUCACCUUUUAUUGGGACAACCAAUUGCUUACUUCAAAUCUCUAGUAACACACAGAAAAAGUGGCACUUAGAGUGAGGCAAUUUGUCCCUUUUGUAGUAUCAUGAGGAGCAUUCCAAGAUCUUGUUAAUUGGAUCUUUUUUCCCUGGUUAUUAAAUGAUUUUUGUUUUACAGAUCUGCAAGUCACUUUGAGACUUUUUGUACAAAGCAACGAAUAAAUGUAAUCAAUCUUAGUAAUAUAAAGGGUGCAACUGUCGAUCUGAGACAGAAGCAUUUUUAUUUAGCUGCCUCUUAUAUUGCUGGUGUUCUUUUGAUACUUUUUCCUAUUGAGAACCUUGUGUUAAAGCACAACUGUAAUUAAAGCACAAUUGUAAUUAAAGCAAUUACAAGUCUUAUGCAGGUCUUUGAUGAGAAAUAUUCCUUUGUCUGCUCAGGUGUCUUUGCUUUCAGUGGAUGACAUGUAUCAGAACUUACCACCAACUGGAAAAGACAAAUACUGGAAUGAAUCUACAGCUCAGCCCCCGUACACAAUGGCCACAGUGGCAGAGACCUUGAAACCUUCCUUCAUGGGUUCUACCUUUGACAUGCGGUAAGUUCAGCUAUGUUGCCAUGGCAAAAGGCUGACAACCUGAGCCUGGCAACUUUGCCAGAUACAAUCUCUUCCAUCAGAUAUAAGGGAGGGGACCAUUUUCCUGGAUUGCAUUUUACCAUCUCAGCCUUUACUUAUAGAGCUUUUACAAUUAGCCCUGAAUCCAGUUAAGAGGGAAUAUUUACACAAUGCAUAAUGAACACAGGAUGCAUACUGUGAGCAACACAGGGCCACAUCCAAAAAUGGCAAAGUGGCCUAAUCCAAAUCCUGGUUAGCUAACGGGCCCAACCACUUUUUAGAUACAAGAACCUACAACAAUAUCAGAUCAUUUGGCAAGAUUGUAUGAAUGCAUCCACCCCACUGUUGCAUCAUUUUCCUUUGAAUUUCAUAGUAGGAAAUCUGACCAUUCUGAUGGUAUGGGCUAAUUUCAGUGCUUCAAUCAGGUGUGUUUACUUCACCCAGUCUGUUCCCCUUCUGCAGGAUGAGUGAUGACCCAGAGCAGAGCCAGCAGGUGGAAGCAUCACCCAGCAUGAGCCGCAUUCAGACUCCCCUGCUCAACCGCUUCCUCACUGCAGCUGCCUCUCCUGCAGUCAGCCUCAAAAAUUUUGGCAAGGGCAGUCGGAUGCAGCAUCCCCAGCUACUGCGCCUAAGGACUGAGGGCACUUUCCCCUCUUCCAGCCCCAGCUUCUAUCGCAGGGAAGAUCCUGAAGCAGUUGGUCGCAUUGACGAAGAAGACAUGGAAGAGACCAGACUUAGUGAAACCUCCUCCCCUGGCUCCCACCUCAAAGUCCCCCAUAAGAACACAAACGCUGAGAAUCUGAGAAAAGAGUUGCCCAGCAUUACAGUGGUGGAGCCCCCAGAUGAGAUCAGUAUCAGUGACCAACCAUCUAACUAA